CCAUGGACUUCCAAUCUUCCUUCCAUGUUAUUACCUCACUUUUCUUCUUGCUGCUUUGGCUUGCAAAGAUUUAUAAGCAUAAAAUCAAAGUGAGCAAUGUGGUUCAUAAACUGCCCCCGGGGCCAUGGAAGCUACCUCUAAUAGGGAACCUGCAUCAACUGGCAGCCGCAGGAUCACUCCCACACCAUACUUUUCGAGAUCUAGCCAACAAAUAUGGACCUCUAAUGCAUCUUCAACUGGGUGAAAGUUCCACAGUGGUUGUAUCAUCUCCUGAUAUGGCGAAGGAGAUCUUGAAGACACAUGAUCUUGCUUUUGCGCAAAGGCCGGAACUCCUUUCUCCUAAAAUUUUGGCCUAUGAAUCAACAGAUAUUGCCUUUGCUCCUUAUGGUGAUAACUGGAGACAGAUGAGAAAGAUAUGUACGUUAGAGCUUCUGAGCGCCAAAAGGGUUCAAUCUUUCUCCUUUAUUCGAGAAGAUGAGGUGGCUAAGCUCAUACAAUCCAUUCACUUGUCUGUAUCUACUGGUUCACCAUUCAAUCUUUCUAAGAGUGUUUUCUCUUUGAUAAACACCUUAGUUUCGAGGGCCGCGUUUGGUAAAAAAUCUGAGUGUGAAGAUGAACUUUUGUCUUUAAUCAAGAAAGCAGUGGAAAUGACUGCAGGAUUUGAUGUUGCUGAAUUAUUUCCUUCACUGAAACCUCUUCAUCUCAUAACCCGAAUGAAAGCUAAAUUGGAGAGUAUGCAUAAGAAGCUGGACAAGAUUUUAGACAGCAUUGUCAAUGAGCAUCAAUCAGACCAUGAUAUGGGUGAAAAUCUUGUUGAUGUUCUUUUGCGCAUGCAAAAAAGUGGCAAUCUUGAGGUACCAAUCACAGUCAACAACAUCAAAGCCGUGAUUUGGGACAUAAUCGUUGCAGGGAGUGAUACUUCAGCGACCGCACUUGAGUGGGCUAUGGCAGAGCUGAUGAAGAACCCAAGAGUAAGGGCGAAGGCACAAGCUGAAAUAAGAGAAGCUUUUGACGGAAAGAAAACUAUUAAGGAGAUUGACUUAUGUGGACUGAGUUACUUGAAGUCAGUGAUAAAAGAAACCAUGAGGUUACACCCGCCUGUUCCUUUAGUGGGCCCAAGAGAGUGCAGGGAAGCAUGCAAGAUUGGUGGAUAUGAAAUACCUGUUAAGACAAAAGUGAUAGUAAAUGCAUGGGCACUUGGAAGAGAUCCCAACCAUUGGUAUGAUGCAGAGAAAUUUAUACCUGAAAGGUUUCAUGAGACAAGUGUUGAUUUUAAAGGGAAUAACUUUGAGUACAUCCCUUUUGGGGCAGGAAGGAGAAUAUGUCCUGGCAUUUUACUUGGCUUGGCUAAUAUCGAACUUCCUCUAUCUGCAUUACUCUACCACUAUGACUGGGAACUCCCCAAUGGCAUGAAACCAGAGAACCUGGAUAUGACAGAAACCUUUGGAGCUGCGGUGGGAAGGAAAAACAACCUAUACUUGAUUCCAACUCCAUAUAAAUACUCCCCUCAUCGUGACGUCAAUGUCAUAUGAACCUCUUAUUUCUUCCUUCCUUUUCCAUUUAAUUCUAGUAAAGUUUGUUGAACAACUUAGCCAAUUUGUGCUCAUUGAAUUGGGGAUGGCUAGGCAAAUCUUCUAUAUUUCAACCAAAAGGCUUAGCCAUUAUAAAUGUACAAUGGGUUUGAUUUAGAAUGUCUUUCUGCAUUUUCUUC